ACAGUGAGCAAGUUGACUCACCAACAGACACGAAGAAGAAGACGCGGAAGUGGUCGGUCCCCCCAGCGUAAUGUUGUCAUGGCGCUUCGCGUGUAAUUCAACUUGAGUUCCUACGAAUUCGUUGAAAACCUUUGAGAGGGUUUUUAAGUGUGUUUGUUUAGGUUGCUGUUGUUAAGCUGGCUGUGCCGCUGCAAAAGAAAAAUGAGUACUCAAUACAGCAUCCUUUUUAAACAGGAGCAUGCACACGAUGAUGCAAUCUGGACAGCAGCGUGGGGUAAAAGUGAGGCGGACACUUCAGAAACAAUUGUCACCGGCUCCCUUGACGAUAUGGUCAAAGUGUGGAAAUGGUCGGACGAGAAGCUGGAGCUGCAGUGGACGCUGGAGGGACACCAGCUGGGGAUCGUGUCCGUGGACAUCAGCCACGAUGCCGCCAUCGCUGCGUCCAGCUCGCUCGACGCGCACAUCCGCCUCUGGGACCUGGAGUCCGGCAAACAGAUCAGGUCUAUGGAUGCGGGACCAGUGGACGCCUGGACGGUCGCCUUCUCGCCGGACUCCAAGCACAUCGCCACAGGAAGCCACCUUGGCAAAGUCAACAUCUUCGGUGUGGAAAGCGGCAAGAAGGAAUACUCUCUGGACACCCGAGGGAAAUUCAUCCUGAGCAUCGCUUACAGCCCAGAUGGUAAAUAUUUGGCGAGCGGGGCCAUCGACGGCAUCAUCAACAUCUUUGACAUCGCCACGGGAAAGCUCCUCCAUACGCUUGAAGGGCACGCCAUGCCCAUCCGCUCCCUUACCUUCUCUCCGGACUCCCAGCUGCUUGUCACGGCAUCCGACGACGGCUAUAUCAAGAUUUACGACGUACAACACGCCAAUCUGGCAGGCACGCUGAGCGGACACGGAUCCUGGGUGCUCAACGUGGCCUUCUCUCCGGACAACACGCACUUUGUCUCCAGCUCCUCAGACAAGAGCGUGAAAGUUUGGGAUGCCAGUUCCAGAGCGUGCAUCAACACCUUCUUCGACCACCAAGACCAGGUGUGGACUGUCAAGUACAACAGCAACGGCUCCAAAAUUAUCUCGGCCGGUGACGAUCGAGCCAUCCAUAUUUACGACUGUCCCAUGUGAGGCGACGGGUGGCAGGAGAGACUCCUUUUGUGUGAAUGAUGUUGUACUUGCUCAUGACGACAAUAAAUUUUGUUUUUUAAAUAAA